AUGACGUCGCGGCUCCGCUUGAUCUUUGCGGGUGUGCUGCUUUUUGGCGCCGUGAUCGGGUUUUUCUUGUCGUCCACACUGAAAAGCAGCAGCGGCAUGGACUCGUUCGACUUUGUCGUGCUCGAGGAGGACGACAGCGAUCCAUGCAAACGAUUCAACUCUCUAGACGACGAUUCAGCGGCUGGAGUGGCCGUCGAGUGCCUUCUCAAACGGCCGUUGGGCUUUCUGCCCCUUUUCGACAUUAGCCCUGCUCCCAGUUGGCUGCCUUCCGAUCAGACAGCCGACGGAUUUGAACUCAACAUUGAUCUGCAAGUUGCCAAUGUCUCCUUGCCAGUCGACUGGUCCAUGGACCCAUUCCACGAUCGUUCCUGGCGAAUGUGGCUGCACGGUCUGAACGACCUUGUUGCGCCCUCUCUUCGGGCAUAUGCGCAAAAUCCUCAAACCCCAGAGUACUUGCUCGUGGGGAAAUGGUAUGCUUUGGACUGGUGCCGAAAGUUCCGCAACACACACCAACACACGGACGACAAUGGUAAUUUUGUCUGGUACGACAUGGCCGUCACCUCUCGAGCUGUGGUCCUUGUGACGUUGAUGCACUUGGGUGCCCAUGCCGGACCCUUAAUACUACCACUCUCAGAAAUGCGGCUACUGGCACAGUGCGCCAUUGUGCACGGCGAGUUUAUGGUGGACACCUCCAAUUACUUGUGGCACAACCAUGGUUUAUUCUGCGACGCAUCGCUCUAUCUUUUGUCAGACAUUGCGCCGUGGUUGCACCCAGACACGCGGAUGUGGAAACAAACGGCUAUCGGGCGAUUCAACAAAAACGGACGAGCGUCAUUCGACUCGAUCACUGGCGUGCACAAGGAGCACUCGACAGGCUACCAACUCUGGAUGUCCUACUUGCUUUACUUUUGUGAUCAAGUUGGCUUGCUUUCGUACACCAGUUUGAAGGCAAUUCUGCCGCAAAUGGAAAACACGCUGACCUGGAUGCUGACGACCGACGACGCCCAGUCGCUGCCGUUGAUCGGCGAUACUGCGGGCGAGAAUACUCCACCCAAGCCGAUUUACACGCACACGGACGGGUUGGCGCCUGAAGAGUUCAACCGCGGCGGUGUUGCAAUUGUCAAGCAACUAUCAACGAGCAGUCACCUCUUUGUGACUGCCUGGUUUUUUUCCUGCGUCCACAAGCACUACGACGAUCUAUCCUUUAUUCUCACCGAGUUUGGGCGCCGGUUGCUCGUCGAUCAAGGGAGAUUUGCCUAUUUUUACGACCACCCUCAUCGGCUUUACACGGUCAGUGGUGCAGCGCACAACGGCAUGACGGUAGACGACUUUAAACCAGAGCCGUGCAAGAAACUCGGCCAGCCGUACGGCUCUGCGAUUUUGCUCAGUACGUCCAAUCAGGGCUGGACUGUGUUUGCCGGGGACAACCCCAUCUUGACACGAACGCAGGGAAUCCGCCACACUCGUGUCUUUUUCUACCUUCCAUCCAAGCUACUCGUGGUGGUUGACCUGGCCGUGCCAUCCGAUUCCUCAAGUGUGCACCAGUACACGCGCCAUCUCCAUUACGACACAGAGAUAGCGUUGGCCAUGACGGAUCGUGCUGGCUACAGCGCCUUUGUGGAGCAUGACGGCACCCAACAGCAGCUUGUGGCUCGUGUCAGGGAUUGGUCUGCGACUGCCAACAUUUCCUCGUCCACCAUCACGCUGAUCAAGGGACAAGCGACGCCAACACUGCAGGGCUGGACAUAUCCAAAGCUGCGUGUACCGGUUCCCGCGUUCGUCUCCAACAUGCGAGCAACGGUUCGAGGCAAUGUGGCGUUCGUAACCGCGCUCCAAAUCGCGCAACCAUCGGGCCAGGUCCCAGCCGCACGGCUGGUUCAGCCCGUUUUCUGGACGCAACAGCAUGGCGCCGUUCGGACUGUCGAACUUGAUCUUGUUGUUGACGGCGUUCACUGGCUUUUGAAGGUCGCUCUUGCCAAGCGGGAGUUUGAAGCCACGAUUCUUUGA